UUGUUGUUGCUACCGCUGGAUCACAGGCGAAUCAGAAAAUCAAUUAAGUUAUGAAAAAUACCAUUAAUUGCCUUUCUUUGUCACCGCAGCUCAUGAAGAAAUGGCGGAUCUCCAGACGUUGGACAUUUAAGGAAAAACACUUCACACCUAAUGGCAUUCUAACCAACGGUAAAACCCAUCUCAAUCGGCAGGAAUAUUUACGUUUUUUAGAUAAGAAUGAGCUGAUGGUUGUGGAAGUCUGCAAGAGGACAUUGCAAACAGGAGAGAGGCUGACUGGAAGAUGCCAAGAAAAAAACAACAGAAUCCACAGCCAGUCAAGUUGGAUUCUGAAGAUGAUGUAGCCAUUGAAGCUCCAGAAAACCUCUCCUUAGACACAGACUUCCUUCUAGGACAAGACCUUGAGUUUGAUGAUCCUGAUCAGGACAACAAGAUUCUAGGCCUGGAAAAGUUCUCAGAAGUAGCUGCUGAGAUCGGUUUCUCUGUGUAUCCUCUGGGUGAUGAGAGUUCUGUGUACAGCCAGCUGAGCAUGGAAAGUGAAACAGACAACUCACGCAGCACGACAGACAAUGGGAGGGAAGACGAGGGCAGGGCGACCCAGUCUGAACCCAGUUUUCCUCCUUACUUGUCCUGCAGGGGCUGUGGACAGCUCCGCGAUGAACCUCUGGGCCCUGGAAUAGACCUAGUUGGUCCAUACUGCCUUAGAUGUUGCAAAUCUUCCAGGGAAGCUAAGAGUACAGACUUCUGCUCACCUUUUGGAAGCAUCAGUGGGAUUCGCUCAGGUUCCCAUUCGCUGCUUGAUUGUGAAGGGGUGGGGAACGGGAUGGGUGACAAGACACUGACAGGUGAGGACCGAUCUGCCAAACUGCACUCGUGUCACCUCUGUGGCUUCUCCUCGCGUUACGCCAACCACGUGAAGCGUCACAUGAAGACACACAAUGGCGAGAAGCCUUUUAACUGCCCUUUGUGCUCUUACGCCUCGGCCCAGCUGGUGAACCUUCAGAGACACCUUCGCAUUCACACUGGGGAAAAACCUUACAAAUGCGACAGCUGCACUUUUGCCUGCAGUUCUCUUGGCAACCUCAAGAGGCACCAGCGCAUGCACGUACCCUCUGCAGGGAUGGGACAGGACGCACCGCCACGACCCACCAGUGGCCAGAACAGUCUGAAGAAGCAAGGGACCGGGCAGAGACCUAAUGAAGAAGUUUCAGGUGCUGCAGCCAAAGUUGCAGAGGUUGCACGGCCAACAUCAAACCUUACUUUGGCAGCCCAGAACAGCGACUACCUGUCUGCCUUUGAUGGCCUAAAGGGUGCGUCUCCACCCCCAAUAGCAGCCUCUAAUCCAGCUCCAGGUCAUCAACCUCCACCCUUGCUGGAGACAACGGGAAGCAGUGGCAGCAGAGCAACAAGAGGGGGUGUAGCAGAUAGUAGCGGCCUCCCACCCUCUCUUUUCCCUUUUACUUGCCGUCUGUGUGGCAUUGUCCUGGAAGACGAAGACGGCUCUUCGGCCCAGAUUUGUGCCAAGUGUACCCUUGAAAUGCUGACUAAAGACUCCUCGUCAUCUCCCAACAGUCCUGGUGAGCGCAGUGACAAAGUUUACACUUGCGCUGCCUGCCCCUUCCUCACACACUACCCUAACCACUUGGCACGCCACAUGAAAACUCACAGUGGCGAGAAACCAUACAAGUGCCCACAGUGCGAUUACGCCUCAGCACACUUUGACAACCUCAAGCGGCACCACCGAGUGCACACAGGCGAGAAACCGUACAAGUGCCAUUUGUGCGAUUACGCAUGCGGGAACCUGGCCAACCUAAAACGCCAUCAGCGGGUGCACUCGGGCGCCAAGCCCUUCCAGUGCGCUGUGUGCAGUUACAGCUGCAACCAGAGCAUGAACCUGAAGCGGCACAUGCUUCGACACACCGGGGAAAAGCCGUAUAAAUGUCAAGAGUGCGGCUACACUACCGGCCACUGGGACAACUACAAGAGGCACCAGAAGAAACAUGGCCUGGCCACAGACGGCUGGGUGAAAGUUCCGAUGACUGGCAACGAUGACGAGCAGGAAGCGAGGAAAGGGAUGGGAGUUGGUGUUCAAACUCACAGAAAAGAAGCAGGCGUUGAUAUGCAGUAUAUGCCAAGGGAGGGAAGUCAGACGAUACACUCAUGCUACAAACUUGAGAUUGUAUAAAUUCUAACUCAGCAAAACUAAGCUACCAGCAACUUGUCUUUUGAUUUCCACAGAGCCUUUAUAUUGUUUUGGUGCGUGUUGGUCUUUUAGUGUUUUGUCAGAUGUCUCCUGAGGCUGCUAAUUGUUCGUUUGUAGGAUUUCACACAAAUAUAAUAUUUUGAUGUCUUUAGUCUGUUUUUUCAUGUCGAGACAAAAGGACUUCUUGUUCUGUGGAAGUCCAUUCACUGUCUGACUCUGUACAUUAACACACAGUAGGCUAACUAUAAAAAAAUUUCCUCUUACACUGUAAUACAUAUCUGAGUCUUCAUUCUGAGGAGGACACUACCAAAUAUUCCUUGUUACAUGGAACUGAUGCAAAUAAUUGCCUGAACUUCUAAAGCUGCACUGUGUAGUUAUAAAUGUUUUAAUACACUAAGGAGGAACUGCAUUUUUAUCAGAGUGGUUAGUUUGGGUGGGUAUACCAAAAAUCAAAUGAAGCCACUUGAAUGUUCAAGAUUUGUCUUUCUCAUCUUCCUAUCAUAAGAAGAAAUUACUUUAACAUUUAUUCUAAUUUUAUACUUGUACCAAACUACACAGUGCAGCUUUAAGCAAAUAUGAAUCCUUGAAUGGGCCAUACUGUGCUUUGUUUGCUUUUGGGUGCAAGCUCUGCCUUCAGUUUGAUGUACCAAUUAUGUACUACUAUCAAAGUGCUAUUUAAUAGUACUAACAGACUUAAUGCAUCCCUCUGAUUUGGUGCUAAAAAAGAGCAAAUUAGAAUUAAUUUAAUUCUAAAACCAGACUAAAAAUCACAUAGAAAGGCCAUGUUCAGUCUGUAUGUGGUUAAAGAAAAAAGCACAAUUACACACACAGCUUCAUUUUCCAAGUUUGGGAUUAAUGAUUGGAAGACAAAAGUAAAAAAGCGUAUGAGCAUGUUGUUCACUAAUUUUUUUUUUCCACACAAACUUGUACUGACAUUAACAUAUCAGUAAUUUCUGAUUUUGAAAUCUUAAAUGACUUGAGUCUUUUAGGAGGCUUAUUUUAGAGGAAGACCAUUUAAUCACCUCACUUGUGAUUACUGAUUACUGUGAAAUUAGCUCCUACUUUUUUUUUGGGGGGGGGGGGGGGGG